AUGCAGUUCACUAGCCUUCUUUCUGUUGCCACCUUGGCCACCAUGACCAUGGCUGCCUCUGUCCAGGUCAACUUUUACUCUGAUACUGGCUGUCAGAACUUCAUUGGAUCCCGCUUCAUCGACUUUGACCCGAACCAGGGCGGCACAUUCCAUAGCGGUGGCCCCUCAGGCUCUCGUGGUGGUCUGUUUGUCAACUCCAACGGAGACAACCUUGCUUUCCGUGGGUUCAGCAACCACGCUGAUGGUAGCAGCCCUUUCACUGGCAACGUCGUUGAUGGUGAAUGUAUUGGUACCCUCAAUGGCGUUGUUGCCGUUUUCAUUGUCUAA